AUGAGCUCCCAAAGGGCUUUGUCUCGCACUUUCCCUCUUUCGGGACCUCAAAGGGGGACUGAGACGAUUGAGACACGUAGGCUAGGCGGGCUGGUGCAGGUCUCGUUGCAGAGUGGUCCGGAGGAAUCGGGAGACUGUGUAAGCAUUUGCGUGACAGUGAAAGUGAUAGGUACUUGGGACAACUUAGAAGUUACCGUUGAAUACCUGAUCGCAUUUCCUCCAGGCACCGAGGAACUUGUGGAAGCAUAUUAUCAGCAGUCCGACAUGCUACUGAAUUUAGAAGACUUCAUGGAAGAGGAUGGCACUUUCACGAUUGAAAGUCUGUCACACUUUCAGAAACUUCCAAUGGCUGCGGAACGGGCUGGUCGAAUCGCGCAAUACUCUUUCAGCUUCCUCGAUAUCCAUCUUGUGCCAGACCACAAAAAGAUGAUGUGCACCUCACCGGAGGAGCUGCAGAGUUGGGGACAGCUAGAGAACGUCACCGCUGCGAAGAAGGCUAUUGGUGAGUGGACUGCGUCCAACAUAAUCCUUGGCGCCAAAAGUAUCAUCAUGACCGCUGCUGUGCUUAAUCGGGUGUCUAACAUUCCCACUCCGGCUGUCAAGAUGUAUGUUGUUUCCAACGACAGCAUGGACUUCCUCAAAGCUGCGGGCAAUGAUCCAGUUGAUUACAGUCAAUAUGCAAUAGAAGGACCUUCACUUGGGAUCAAUGAUCACAUAGGAGAGAUUCUUCAGCGAGCAUCACCUACAAGAAAUCUCACCAAUGAAGAAUGGGCUGAACAGGAAAGAAUUCUGAUGGCUGUGAAUCCGGUGUGUUCCAGUUGGUAUACAUGCGGACAGCCUGUCAAUUACCCCCAUAGAAGAGGAAAAGGCAUGAAUCACGAGCAAACCAGGAAAUCUCGUGUGCACGGUAAGAAAGGGAUCUACGGCGCUCUAAGCGCUGUAGUCGUAGUCGUAGUCGAUGUCGAAGUCAUAGUCAUCGAAAUGAAUGUCUCUUCGAUCGUGGAUGUGGUGAUCGUAGAGAUCGUCGCGGGCGUAGUAGCGACGGUCGCAGGAACAAUCGAGGAGGUAGGGAUCGCAGGCGUAGUUCAUACGGUGUUACGCUUGAUUGCGGGCGUCAGCUCGCAAACGUUAUGGGGGUGA